AUGGCGUCUACCUUUGCUAUGGGACUUGGUGUCGCUACGGCCGCGUUCUUGGGCCGUGCCGGUUACGUCGCUUUGCAGCGCUCCAGAGGAGGUGUGAACAGUCUGGGAAAGGCUUUUUACAAGGGAGGAUUUGAAACCCGGAUGACUCGUCGCGAAGCGUCUUUGAUUCUUGAGCUCCCCGAGCGUACCCUCAACAAGGACAAGGUCCGCAAGAAGCACCGCCAGCUCAUGCUUCUCAACCACCCCGAUCGUGGCGGCAGCCCGUACCUGGCCACCAAGAUCAACGAGGCCAAGGAAUUCCUCGACAAGCAUACCUAG